AUGAAGUGUCUGCAGUGGGUUGGCGCAACGCCGGUGGACACGCGAGACGAGCUGGGUCGAGAGCGCUUCCUCGUCUUCCCCAUCAAGUCGCAUCUCACGGCCAAAUACCCGAACUGGUAUCUGAACUUCGACACCGACCGCGCCGUGGGUGGUCACCACUGCUGUGCCUAUCACCCUAUCAGCUUUCACUACGUGCGCAACAACGACCUGCUAGUCUACGAAUGGUUCUUCUACCACUCUCACGUCUACGGACUCAAAAAGGAGCUCGUUGAAGACUUCGUGCAGCUGCCCUCGCUGAGGUCAGAGAACCUGACCUUGCUGUGGGAACACAGCGGACAGAAAAACAGGGCCUACUCGUACGGGAGGGUGGAGCAGGUGGGCGGACCAAGACUACCGAUGCAUCCGCCCCCUAACGAAAUGAUGAUGGGCCCGCUGGACGACAAUGGCGCCCAUUACUGACAUGACGGUCCAGCGAGAUAAUCUCACGCUUGCAAUUCUAUUUCCUAUCACCUUACGCCAGAUAUGACGUCAUGUAGAAAGCCGCGCUACGGCAUGGCCAUGAAUUUCUAUAUCCGGGCACCUUACGCUAGUUAUGACGUCAGGAAAGGUGCUGCGUGUAGGCACGACCGUGUAAUUCUAUUUCCGGUAUCUUAAACAAGAUACGACGUCGUGGCGCGAACCGUGUGAGGGCAUGGUCUGACAAUUCUAUUCGGCCACCUUACACUGGAUGUGGCAGCGUGAAGGAACACAGCGUGACUGCAAGCCUUCCACGCCUACACACACACAUAUCUCAUGUACGUAUAGCAGACGAUGCACCGACAGCAAGCGAGCGAGCGUGAGCAACGUUUCUGCUUAAAUGGUUGCGCCUUGAUAUUUGCGUUGAAUUUCGGGAAUUAACUUGAUCCGAAUCAUCGGGUACUUGUUAACGCGCGCAAGUGCUCACCGCUGAAUCGGCUUACCCGAUCCGGUACCACGGACUGGAGGUGUGAGCAGGUCGCUAUACCUAUCGCGGUUAGACGCUCCGUCGCGUAUUUGUGAUGUUAAAACGCUUCGAACAAUCGACAGUUUAGCGACCGCGUUCCCCCUGCCUAUACAUGCGCCCUUCCUCGCUCGCUACGCCCUCGAUCUCUACCUGCGCGGGUUAUCCACACACCUUUUUCGAUUAGCGCUGGGGGGGGGGUUACGCCGAUGGCCUGGGCCGGACGCGCCCGAUCAAGCUCGUGUAAUAAGUGCACGCCGAGUCGGCGUGAUGUUAUAAAGGUUGUGUGCAUAGUGGCAAGGAUGCGCGCCGUGCCGAGCCGUGUUUCGCACUGGUGGCCUCGUUCUGGGCCUAACCGCCGCUAAUGACGCGCGCACUGUGUGUGUACCUGUUCCUGUGUGGAGAUGUUUUGUGAAUACAUGUGUAUUUUUUACAAUUGCAUUAAGAAAUAGAGGAGUAUAUUGUACGAGCUGUAGCCGUGUUUUGAUUGCGGACCCACCAUGCGUGCAGUCACUGAAUCUACUUCCUAUAUAAAGUAUAGAAUAGAACUAAAUUGACUCAUACGAUAAUCAUAUCAACCAAGACGCAAACAUUUACAAGAACUUCAUAAAUGACUAUAUAUUAUAAUUACUUAAUAUGAUAAAUAAUAACAUAUUAUAAUAACAAAUUAGGAAAAUCCAUGUAAAUAAAGACAAUCAAAUUUAGAUAUAUUACAAUCAAGUGCAAAUAUAUUGUGUAAUGUGUGUUCGUGAAUACAGUCAUGCUUAAUUUUCCCAAUAAAACAUUUUGAAUAAUACACAAAA